AUGGCUCAGGGCGAAUCGGCGAGAGUGCAGGAGGCACAGAAGGUGGCCAAGACAGAUCCCAGAAAGGCAGAGCAGCUCUACAAGGAAAUCAUCUCUCAGCCCCCUUCCUCCGCAACCUCCGAUGCUGCGGUAAAGGAGUACGAGACGGCGUUGCUUGGUUUGGGAGAGUUGUAUCGGGAUGAGAAGAAGACGCAGGAGCUCGUCGACCUGAUCACAAAAAGCCGGACAACCCUGUCUUCAUUCGCCAAGGCAAAGACAGCAAAGCUCGUCCGCUCCCUGCUUGACCUCUUCGAGAAGAUUGAGGGCAGUACCGAUAUCCAGAUCGCAGUUACCAAGUCAUGUAUAGAAUGGGCAACUUCGGAGCGCCGCAGCUUCCUGCGCCAGAACCUCGAGACCCGCCUGGUCGCUCUCCUCAUGCAGAAGCAAUCCUACUACGACGCACUCACACUCAUCAACGGUCUCCUCCGCGAGCUCAAGCGCCUGGACGACAAGCUUGUCCUCGUCGAAGUCCAGCUCCUCGAGUCGCGCGUCUACCACGCCCUCGGCAACAUCCCCAAAGCCCGCGCCGCCCUCACCAGCGCCCGCACGAGCGCCGCCUCCGUCUACACCCCGCCUCUUCUUCAAGCCCACCUCGAUAUGCAGAGCGGUAUGCUCCACGCCGAAGACAAAGACUUCAACACCGCCUUCUCCUACUUCAUCGAGGCCCUCGAUGGCUACCACACCCAGGACGAGUCAGUCAAGGCCACUGCCGCUCUCCAGUACAUGCUUCUGUGCAAGAUCAUGUUGAACUUGGCCGACGACGUCAACAACCUGAUGACGUCCAAGCAGGCACAGAAGUACGCCAGCAAGAACCUCGAAGCUAUGAAGGCCGUUGCCCGUGCGCACUCAAACCGGUCCUUGGAGGAGUACGAGCAGGCCCUUCAGUCUUACCGUGAGCAGCUCGGCAGCGACGCCUUCAUCCGCAACCACCUGCGACGUCUGUACGACGCCAUGUUGGAACAAAACCUUAUCAAGGUCAUCGAGCCGUUCUCCCGUGUCGAGAUCAGCCACAUCGCAAAGAUGGUUGGCCUCGACACGCAACAGGUGGAGCGCAAGCUCUCUCAGAUGAUCCUGGACAAGGUCAUCAUCGGUGUGUUGGACCAGGGCGCGGGAUGCCUCAUCAUCUUCGACGAGACUGAGCGCGACAGCGCAUACGACCACGCCCUGGCUACGGUUGAGAAGCUGAGCAGCGUGGUGGAUGUUCUCUACACCAACCAGGCCUCUAUGCUCGAGUAG